CUUCCUCCUCCGUCCUUUCUUACAAAAAUCUCUUCUGUCUCGUACCAAAAAAAAAAACACAGCGAUGGCUAAUAAUCCCAACGACUGGUCUCAGUUCUACAACAACCAGAGCUUAUUCACCACCACCGCCUCCGCCGCCGGAGAUUCUCGCCUGAGCCCAGAAACCGGCCGGGUCUCCAAGCCCGCGCGGCGGCGACCGAGGGCCUCUCGCCGGACACCGACGCCGCUUCUCAACACCAACACCACCAACUUCAGAGCCAUGGUUCAGCAAUUCACCGGCGGUCCCACCGCCAUGGCUUUCGUGUCGGGUCCGAGUCCGGAUCCCGGCUUCACUCUCACUCCGCCGUCGCUGAACCCGCCUCUCGGUCUCGGCGGAAACGGCGAUGGUGGAGGAGAUUCCCUCGUGCCGCCGCCGUGGCCCUACACGUUUCAGCAGCAAAUAGCUCACGCGCCGCCGCAGACGCGUCCGUACAUGUAUAAUAACGUUAUGGGCGUCGUCGGAGGUGUGAACGCGAACGCGGAGGUGGCGGAGGACGGCGAUGUAAGCGGAGGAGGAGAAGGAGGUUCUGUUCUCCGGCCGUCGCAGGUUCUUGGAUCGAGGAACGGGAAUAGUUCUUCUUGGCUGCAAUGAGAAAACCAAGCGACUAUUAUGAAUUCUUUAGAUUGACUAGGAGAGACCCGCGCGAUGCGCGGUUUAUUCGUCUAUUUGUUAUUAAAAUUU